UUAAAGCAGAGAGAGAGAAAGAGUUUAAGGAAGAAGACAUUACUUUCUGCAGUUUCCAUCCCCGGCCGGCCGCCACUACCUAUUUCUUCUUCAUUUAUGUAUCAUGCGUGCAAGCCAUUCUCAAUCCACGUCCUAUCUUUAUCUAUUUGUUAAGGGUUUUUUAAAGGUUUAACCCUUUGUAAGCUUCUUCAUUCCUCAUUCCACGAAACAUCUUUGCUUCUCUGUGUCACUUUUAUAAAACAUCGCUUGGUUCUUAACCCUGUAGCUUCAAUCGGCCUUGAAAGAUCAAGUUUCUGGUGUUCCUUCUGGUCGAUUAGGUGGGAGAAAUUCUGGGCUCUGUGUGGUCUCUGAUUCUGGUUUUAUUCCAAGUUUGAAACAAUUGUUGGCUUGAAGAGGUUCUGAGUAUUGCAUCGAUGGGAGGACAGUUCAGCAAGAGGACAGGAGAGGCUCCUCCAGUCAUUCAUCUCGAUACCAAUUUGCAGUACAUUGCCGAGCUGAGCUCAUAUGAAGUAGAAUGCAGGCUCGAUCCGGAUUUGCAGUCCUUCGAUUCCAUCUUGCAGACCCGGACGAAUCGUGUCAUAAACACAGUUGCAUCAGGAGUGGAGGUUCGAGCACUCUCCCUUGACUCACUGAAAGAAGUCACAGGAAGCCUCCUUGACAUGGACCAGGAAGUCGUCAAAGUCAUCUUAGAUUGCAAGGAAGAUAUAUGGAAAAACCCAGAACUCUCCGGGCUUGUUGAGGAUUACUUUGAGAACAGUUUACAAACCUUAGAUUUCUGCACGGCUUUGGAUAAGUGCCUAAAGAAAGCCCGUGACAGCCAAUUGAUCCUUCAUGUUGCAUUGCAACAAUUCGAAAAGGAGGAUGGGUUAGAAGAAAAGAAGUAUUUGGCGACGCUGGAGGAACUGAAAAAUUUCAAGGCUGCUGGGAGCCCAUUCAUGAAUGAUUUCAUCCAGGACUUCCAAACAGUUUACAAGCAUCAGGUGUUGAUGUUAAAGAAGUUGCAGAUCCGAAAGAACAAACUUGAUCGGAAGCUGACAUCUGCCAAGGCAUGGAGGAAGGUUUCAAACAUUAUCUUUGGUGCAACUUUUGCUGCCAUCCUUAUCUGUUCGGUGGUGGCUGCUGCAAUGGCAGCACCUCCAGUUGCUGCUGCCAUGGCAGCAGCGACUACAAUCCCUAUAGGAGCAAUGGGUAGGUGGUUUGAUUCACUGUGGCAGGGCUAUGAGAAUGCACUGAGAGGACAGAAGGAAGUAAUUGGCUCAAUGCAGAUUGGCACUUAUGUUGCAAUCAAGGACUUGGAUAGUAUCCGGGUUCUGGUUGAGCGCUUAGAAAUAGAGAUCCUGACUCUAAUGGAGAAUGCUGAUUUCGCCCUUAGACAAGGGGAGGCAGUGAAGAUUGGAGUGGAGGAGAUCAAGAAGAAAUUGGAGGGUUUUAUGAAAAGCAUUGAAGAUUUGAGUGAACAAGCUGACAGGUGCAGCCGGGAUGUACGUAGGGCAAGGACAGUUGUUCUGCAGAAGAUAAUUAAACAUCCUAACAACUGAAGAAACGUGUUGCAGUACUGUCUCAGAAUUUCCAGAGGCAGCUAUAGUCCAGUGAGAGUCAUGCGAACUGGUAAAUGGGGUGAAUCUGUUCUUUAAAAUCAAGAUUACCUGUUGAUCUUUCUUAUCUUCAGAUCUACCUCCAAUUCAAGGGAAUCCAUCAAUGCCAGCUCGUCCAAGGUUAUGGAGACAGAAUAAUAAAAGUCUUGUUAGUGUGUUCUUUCCUAAUGCAAUAAUUGGACUUCACCACAAACUUGUAUCUUCUUGCUAAAUUUACUUGAUGUUGAAUUCAUCCCAGUUAGUCUCAAUUGUUUCUGCUAUAUGGAAAAUCAAGUUCAUGAUAAUGGGGCUUUUCAGUUGUAUUACAAUAAGAGAAAUUUGACUGCUAUCCAUAAUUGAUUUAUGGAACUCAUUAGAAAUACCAUUUCUAAGAGAGUAUUUUUUUCAAUUUGUCAUUUAUCUACUUUUAAUUGUUAUAACGUAGAAUGAGUAUAUUGAGCUGCAUAAGGAGACCAGAAUAAUCGUAAUAGAGAAUGGAAUUCACCACAGUCAGCACUCACUUGGGAAAUAAGCAGCUACUAGCUCUCCAAGGAUUGUGGGUGUAAACAGAUGAAAACAAUGGCUAAAUUAAAUGCAUUUCUGCUGAAAACCAACUUUGUAGAUUCCCUUUUUAAAAGUUAGUAACGCAGGGGUGUACUUGUAAUA